GUCGAAAGAGGUAUAUCGUAAAGGCAAAACAUAAAAUUACCUAUACCUAAAAGUGUAAUAAAAAUCCUACAGACCUAUAUAAAUUGUGGUUCUUAAUUGCGCUAAUCAUGCAUGAAUCACUAAACUGUUAGAGUUAUUGUGACGGUGGAGUUAGUGGUGAAGAACAAGUGUUGUUUAGUUUCAGUGACUUUGAGAAAGAAUGCCAGCUCACGUUGAAGUUGUACGAGAGUUAGAACUAGGGGAACCUUCCCAGGACUUGUUAGAUUGGGCUAAGGAACAUAUUAACGAAGAUCCAGAUACAAAAUGUCAACUCAUAGACGAAUUGAGAGAAAUGAUUUACUCCAGAGGUGAGUGCACUCCUGUGAGAACCGAUGAUGCAUUUCUAUUACGUUUUCUAAGAAGCCGAAAAUUUGGUGUAGAGUCUGCAUACAAACUAUUUAUAAAUUAUCACGAAUUUAGAGAAGAGAAUCUUAACUUCCAUGAAGGUGUCGGUAUCGACCUUCUGGACAAAAUUUUGGAGUACGAUUUAAUUCGUGUUCUCCCAUACAAGGAUCAGAAAGGACGAAACAUUAUAGUGUACAAGUGGGGUAAGUGGGUUCCAUCAGCUAUCACAAUCGACGAAUUUCUGGCUGCCAGUAAACUGAUAGGAGAAUUGGGUGCACUUGAGGCAAGAAACCAGAUCGUUGGAGCUGUGGUUAUAUUAGAUUUUAACAACUUUACUGUUCAACAAGCUUUAUAUCUGACGCCAAGCGUCGCUCGUAAAAUUUUACAAAUAGCAGCUACAUCCAUGCCAAUUAGAUUGGAAGCAUUACAUGUUGUGCAUAACUCAUGGGCGUUUGAGAUCAUUUUCAACAUUUUCAAACCGUUCUUGCAUGAAAAAAUGAUCGAAAGAGUGUUCUUUCAUGGAAGUGAUAUGGAAAGUUUGCACAAGCAUGUGGACCCUAAACACCUGCCUGUGACAUACAGGGGAAGUCAGCCAGAAUACGAUUGUAAGGAAUGGCUUGAGGGAGUAAAGAAAAAUGAGACGGUGGCCAAAGAAAUUUCUCUAUUAGGUUAUAAAACGAGUUAAUGUGUUUAAGUAAAAACUGAUCUCAUCUUUUUACAUGGUUAACGUGCAAGCCCAGUAAUUGAGACUGACUGGUAUUUCAGGCCGUCUCAGAACUCGUUUAUCAGCCAUUAACUACAAUUACGAAAAAUAAACUUCAAUAUUAUUUGUCCUCUGAUUCAGUGAAUUUUAAACAAAGUUUGUUAUAGACUGAAAGUAUAGAACAAUUCCGUAAAUUUUUAAUAUACACAACUAGUUAAUUUUCCUUAUUUUUGUCGUACUCCCUUCUGUUAUCAGUUGAUACAAGAUUUCUAAGACGGCCCUAAACCUACAUCUAACAUAGCUUAUUUCAGUCUUACUGUAAUUUAAAUCGUUUAGUUUCAAGUGAACAUUCAGUGGUUAGUGCUUUAAUAAUCAAAAGUUGUCUAAUAAAUGGAGCACUAGUUAGGUCUCAGGAAUAUUUUUUUGAUUUGUUGAAAUAUAUUUUUUAGUAAUA